CCAAAGUGAAAUUAUAUUAAAAAACAGAGAGAGAGAGAGAGAGAGAGAUGGCCCUGCUCAUUUUUCCCUACUGAAAAUUCCACCAUUGGAGAAGCAGUAAAACAAAGUAAAAGUAGAAAUCAGAAAGAAUCCGGUAUUCAUCGAUUGGGUGAUCAGCUAAUCAAGCUAUGGCGACCACUAACAAUGGCGGAGGAGAAGGAGGAGAGGAGCCACUUAAGCAGUUGGAGGAGCUGAGCAGAAACCUAAAAGAAGGUGAGAGAAUUGUCGCCCCGACCCGACGACCUGAUGGUACUCUCCGGAAGCCCAUCCGGAUUCGUGCUGGCUAUGUCCCUCAAGACGAAGUCGCCAUUUACCAAUCCAAAGGUGCUUUGUGGAAAAAGGAAAUGGCCUCACAGGAUGGAGGACCUCCAGGUUAUGAUCCUACCCCAGAUAAUACAAAACCCAAGACCAAGGCUGUAAAGAGAAACGAGCGAAAGAAGGAGAAACGGCUACAGGCUGCUCUUGAAAAAGAGAAAAACUCGGAACAAGGUGAAGCUGAGGAAACUGAGAGGGAAGAAUCGGUACCCGUUGGAGAUGCUGGUCAUGAAUCUGACUCUGUCAAGCCAUUGAUCUCUCAAAUGAAUGAGCUAGCUGUUUCUUCAAGUCCUGCUUUAGUUACUCCUCCUGUUGAUUCAGCAGAGGAUUUAAAUCCAGGGGGUCCAGUUCAAGACAUCGAUAAACGAAUUCGUGCGCUAAAAAAGAAGAUUCGACUUGCAGAAGCUCAAAAACAAAAAACUCCACAGCAUGAUAUGAAGCCUGAGCAGUUGGACAAGUUGACAAAACUUGAAGGUUGGCGCAAUGAGUUGAAGCUUUUGGAGGAUGAAAAAGCUGGAUCAUCUGCAUCUUGAACUGGGAUUUGUGUUAGCAAUGAAGAAAACAAGAAAACCAUUGUAGUUUUGUUAAUUUUUUAUAUUUAUUUUUUUUACCCCCCUUCCAUGUACGCUUUCUUGACGUGGACAAAAAUGCUGCAUGCAUUUUGGAAAACAGAGGAUCAGCUAUUCAGAUUUUGCUCUAUUAAUCGUAUGGGGACAAGCUUGGCAAUCCAAA